AUGAGGUUAACUGCAAAAAACACAGCAGCUGAACAAAGGCUCGAUGAAUCAAAAGGGCAGAUUGUAUGUGUGAAGAAAAUCUCCCAGGAUGAUUACUUCCCCAACAUGAACAAAUUCCUCGCUUUUGGAGGCGGAAUUGAUAUUGACAAAUGGUUGCAUGCAAGAUCUGUUAUUUGGCUUUUUGUCUAUGAAUUAUUACAGGAUACGAGAGAUGAAGGUAAUGAGACUGAAGCCAGCAGGAUGAGUAAAUUAAGAAGAACAAGAAAGAAAGUCACAAAACAGCAUGUUUUCUCAACUGAAGUAGGAGAAACGGAUAUAUCCAACUCAAAAGAAAGGAUCAGAAACCAAAUGGUGUGCCACAAGUUGGGGGAUGUGAGCAAACCAGUUGUGGGACCUGGCUCGGCAGACUCUCAUCUGCAACAAGAUGACAAGGACUCCGAGAAUCAGACAGCAGUGAUAAAACCAUCACCCCUCCAAACAUCAGCCAGUGCUCCUUGUCGUGAAUUUAACACAAACUCCAACCAUACUGAUAACACCAGGGACGGCACUCAAAUUCCGACCACACCUUAUCUCUCCUCUAGAAUGAAGCACAUUAAACAAGAGAUGUCCAAAAAUCACCUUCAGUUUGUGCGAUUUGAAGCAACGGACCUCCAUGGUGUGUCCAGAUCUAAGAGUAUCCCUGCGCAGUUUUUCCAAGAAAAAGUGAUCCAUGGCGUUUGCAUGCCCCGAGGUUAUCUUGAACUGAUACCGAAUCCUAAGGAUGAGGAAGUGGAUCACAUAAGGGCAACAUGUUUUAAUAGUGACAUCGUCCUGAUGCCUGAGCUCUCAACCUUCCGGGUCUUGCCGUGGGCUGAAAGAACUGCCAGAGUAAUAUGCGACACAUUCACUGUGACUGGGGAGCCUCUUUUGACUUCCCCACGGUACAUUGCCAAGAGCCAGCUGAGCCAGCUACAGGACUCUGGCUUUUCCCUGCUCUCUGCCUUCAUCUAUGAUUUUUGCAUUUUUGCUGUGCCCGAAAUUAUCAAUUCAAAGACCAUCUCUUUUCCUGCUUCAACAUUGCUAAAUAAUCAUGACCAACCUUUCAUACAGGAACUCGUUGAUGGCUUGUAUCACACUGGAGCCAAUGUCGAGAGUUUUUCCUCCUCUACCAGGCCCGGUCAGAUGGAAAUCUGUUUUUUGCCCGAAUUUGGCAUCAAUGCGGCUGAUAAUGCAUUCACCCUCAGAACAGGUGUCAAAGAAGUUGCGAGGAAAUAUAAUUACAUCGCCAGCUUUUUCAUCGAGACUGGAUUCUGCAAUUCAGGAAUUUUGUCUCACAGUCUCUGGGAUGUCGGGGGGAAGAAAAAUAUGUUCUGCAUCAAUUCCGGAGUUGAGGAGCUCACGAUCACUGGGAAAAAAUGGUUGGCAGGGCUCUUGAAGCACUCUGCUGCCCUCAGCUGCCUGAUGGCUCCCGCUGUUAGCUGCCGAAAGCGUUAUUCCAAGGAGAGUAAAGACCUCAAGGAUAGUGUGCCUACAACGUGGGGAUACAAUGAUAACAGCUGUGCUUUUAAUAUCAAGUGUCAUGGUGAGAAAGGCACCCGGAUAGAAAAUAAACUGGGCUCAGCGACUGCAAAUCCAUACCUGGUGCUGGCGGCGACCGUUGCUGCAGGCUUGGAUGGACUUCAAAGCAGUGAUGGUGUCCUGGCCGGUCCGGAUGGCAGCACAGACUUCUAUCAGGCCAAAUCUUCCGAGAUCCCUUUGAAACUGGAAGAUGCUCUUGUGGCCCUGGAGGAAGAUCAGUGUCUGAGACAGGCCCUGGGGGAAACUUUUAUUCGCUAUUUUGUUGCCAUGAAAAAAUAUGAGUUGGAAAAUGAAGAAACAGAUGCUGAGAGAAAUAAAUUCUUAGAAUAUUUUAUUUAG